AUGGCGUCGCCAUUUCCGAUUCCGCCGGGUACUCUUGUGAUCAAAGUAGAAGAUGAAAGGGAGAGUGAUGUACCCGGGCAUAUCACCACCGACCAAGAGCUGAGGGACAUGUUCACCAAGGACGUCCAGCGCCGGUUCGAGCUCAUCAGGAGGAGGAGGAGCCUGCAACCCUCUGGCAGUGCUCAGUUGCAGCCUCCCCAGCCCCACCGGACCCAAUCGAUUGACACUUGCAACAAAAAACAUACUGCAAGGCUUGUCAGUUCUAAAUCCAAAUAUAUUUUUGAAGAGGAAAGGACCUCUAACUGUAGGAUUGUAAUGUGGAAGGUUCUGUACAUGGAUUUUAAAAAGUAUGUACAGCAAUCACCCCUGCCCCCACCGCCACCACCACCACCUCCACCGGCGCCGCACCCAUGCGCAAAGAGGCUGGCAAUCGGACCGCCUCCGGGGUUCGCGGGUGUUCGCACGCCACCGCAGAAGCAGUACCAACGCCGGCCACCAGGGCCGAAGGCGCCGGCGCAGCCACCACACCAACCGGCGCCGCCGAACGCCCACCGCGCCCUGGCCCCACCAGCGCUGAACGCACAAAGGGCGGGGCAUGCUUCGCAGCCGCCGGCGGCAGGUGCACACGGCGCCGCCACGGCCGCGCCGCCAGUGCACGCCGGCCCCACCAGCGCCGUGGUGCCCGCGCUCCAGCGAAGGACGGCGCCCAAGCCACCUCACCCAGCGGCGAAGAAGAAGCCCACCGUGCCGUGCGCCUUCUGCGGCGUGCUGUGCAUGACGGCGUGGCACCUGAAGCAGCACGAGCAGGGGCGGAAGCACCGCAACAGGGUGGCCUUGCUCGCCGGGGAGAUGAACGUGCGGUGCAAGGUGUGCGACGUGCACCUCUCCAGCGGGCUCAACGUCGAGCAGCACAACGCCGGGAAGGAGCACCUCCUGCGACUCAAACUCAACAGAGGAGCCUGA